AUGAAGAUUUUCUUAUUCACAGUUCUACUCGGAGUUGCAAACUGCUUAAGAGCACCUAGUACGUGCGCGCAGCCUGGACAGAUAGCCCUAGUCUUCAGCGAUGGGCCUGUGCAGACAACCCCCGAGCUUGUGCAAACUCUCUCAGACCAAGGCAUCCCUGCCACCUUCAUGUUCUCCACUGUUAACAUCGAUCACUCAGGUGUCUCUGACGUGAUAAGACAGGCUGUUGACGAAGGAAACACUGUGGGUCUCAGAACAAACCCCAUCUACAACUUCAGCGACAUGGAGGAAGAAGAGAUAAGAGAGGCAAUUGUGUGCGAGCUGAACGUCCUUGAUGAGGUUUCUGGGCAGAAAACAAAGUACAUCUCCAUCAAUCAGCCAGAUGUAAUGAACAGCACCGUUUUGAAGGUGAUUGACGAGCUGGAUCUCGUCCUGAUCAACUACAACUACGACAUGUACGGCACUGACGAUGACUGCGAUGACAUGCUCAACAGAUGGAAGCUGAAGCUGAAGUCUGUGCGCCCCCAGUCCACAUCAUACAUUGUGCUGCAGCACGACCAAAGAGAGUCUGAGCUGGGAAUGGUUCCAGAUGUUGUUAAUAUGGGAGAUGCUGCAGGGUUUAAGUUUGUGAACAUUGAUGACUGUCUCUCGGGCGUAUCGAUGGAUGGGCCCGCGCCUUCAGGCGGAAGCGCAGCGUCGUGCUCCAGCGAGCCCUCUGAGAGAACGGGAACAAACAAAAACAGCUCGAUGUCUCCUUUGAUCCUUAUGGGAUGCGUAGCAGGUCUUCUUGCUCUUUAA